AUGCCAAAAUAUUUAAUUCAGUUUGUUCAACAACAUCCAAGUUUUCGUAUUUUCGAAUUAGAAUCAGUUGCAAAAAUAUUCAAUAUCAAUGUUGAAUAUAAUCCAAAUGAUUUAGAUGUAUUAGAGUCAUUAGAUCCAUCGAUAGAGUCACCAUUUCUUUAUGUAAAUAUUCCAUCAGAUGAGGAUGUAAAGAAAAUUUGUUCAAGAGCAGUGUUGAUUAAACAAGUUAUUUCAGUUUGGGCUGAAAAUAAAAAUUUAAAAGGUAUAUUAGAAGAUAUUAAUUCAAACUAUGAUAAAAAAUUCUUGUCAAAUUAUUUAGUUGAUAAAACUUAUAGAAUCGAAGUAGAUGGUUAUGGCACUAAAUAUACACAACCAAAAAAGUUGGAAAUGAUGUUAAAGAUCUCAGAAUCACCAUUGUGGGAUAAUGGAAAGGUGGUAAUGAAGCCAACAGACGAAAGUAAUCACAUUGUUUGGACCAUUCAGACUGAUUUUGGUGUUGAAAGACAAGGAAUGGUUAGAAAUGACAGUUUAGAGCCACGUAUUAUCUUUUUUGGUCAAAGAGUUGCAAGAGGUAACAGAGACGAUAUUAUUAGAUUUAACCUUCAAGAAAGAAAAUAUUUAGGUACAACCUCAAUGGACCCAGAGUUAUCUUUAGUUAGUGCAAAUAUGGGUUUGGUUAAAAAAGGUGAUUUCAUGUUAGAUCCAUUUGUUGGUACUGGUUCUUUUAUUAUUGUUAGUUCACAUUUUGGCGCACAAACUGUUGGCUGUGAUAUCGAUAUGAAGGCCAUGAGAAAACAAGAGGAAUGCAAUUUAGAAACAAAUUUUGCAGAUUAUGGAUUAUCAUCACAUUUAAUGGGUACUGUAUUAUGUGAUAAUAGUUGUCCACCAUGGAGAACAAUCCCAAUGUUUGACUCAAUUAUUACAGAUCCACCAUAUGGUGUCAGAGCUGGUGCUAAAAAGGUAGGAUAUAAAGAUAAUCGUAGAAAUAGAGAUAUUCCAGAAGAGUGCAAGGUUGGUCAUGUCCCACAAUAUAUUGAAUAUAAAGUACCAGAUGUAAUGGCAGAUCUUUUAGAAUUAGCAGCUAAAACAUUAGUCAUUGGUGGUAGAUUAGUUUAUUGGUUACCAACUUCACCAGAUUAUAAAGAAACAGAUUUACCAAGACAUCCAUGUUUAAGAUUAAUCACAGCAUCAUGUCUUCAAAUUUUAACAAAUAGAUGGGGUAGACGUUUGGUUAUUAUGGAAAAAACUAUUAAUUAUAACGAUGAAAUUCAUCAUAAAUCAAAAUUAACUCAAGAUGAUUUAGGUCAAAUCGAUCCACAACAUAAAGAUCUUCGUCAAAUUGUUUUUUGGAAAGCAAUGGGUUCAAGCGAGAAAUCAUUAAGAAAAGAAAAAAAGAAAGAAAACCACAAAAAUAUUGAUUAUAUAAACGAAAGAAAAAAAAUAAACAAUAGUGACAAUAAUAAUAAUAGUAAUAAUAAUAAUGAAAAUACAGAUAAUACAAAAAUAAUAUAAUAAAAAUAAAUAUUUUAUUUAAUUUUUUAAUAU